GAUGGGGCUCCCAAGGUGGUAGUCAGGAGUUAAGCCUGGGGUUGCCAGUCACACUGGGAGCCCAAAGGGAGGCUGUGAGGUGGCCGGUGAUCCACCUCUCUGCAGAACCUGAGCAGCUCCACUGAGUCCAAAUCACCCCGACUCCCCUGGUUCAAAACAAUUACAUUGUUUUACUAGGAACAGAGGCAUCCCUUUGAAACUGAGCAAGACGAAACAGUACGAAAGCUUAUUGUCCAAAAUGGAAUGAAAUCAAGGUCUUCCCAGCAUGCCAAUUUCACUCCAGAGAAAAACAGGAAUCAAGAAUAGAAUGCGCCUCAGUUAAGCCGUAUCUGAGGCCACCUAGUGUUAUCUAUCCAUGCUGAGAAGUGGGGGUGCAAACCCUUCUCUGUUGCCCCAGCAGCUGUGCUGAAACAUCAGCCAACCCCAGUUGAUUUCCCCAUGCCCACAUGGAGAUGAAUAUCCGGUUGCUUCCUCUCAGAAGAGGUGUGCUUCCUUCAACCUUGGUGGCAGGGAGUCAUGACAAGUGGGGGCGGGGGUGGAAAAGAAGAGGUCCCUCCCCAUGGAUGCUCCACCCCCCGCCCCGAUUUCUUCCUUUCAGAAGCCUCAUCUUUGCUUUCCUCGUCUCCUUUAGAUCGGCUCUGCUUUACUGAAGGAGCAUCUGAUGUGACUGCAGUGCCCCUGAGUCCUAAAGAUCUGUCAGAUGAAUGCAAGAAUGCCUCAGUGGUGGCGCACAACCUCCAGCCAUAUUAUGUGGCGCGGGUCAUCAACAACACACUUCAUUGUGUCUCUAAUUGCAGUGCUUGGAACCCCCACCCAUUCCACUGUGUGAGUGGAAAGUGCCACAUCACCUCUGAGGGGCCCAAAUGCCAGGAGACUCCAAGCACAACAAGUGAAACAUCCAUUUCAACAAAUUUGAACACAACACCUUCUGCUUAUACUACUACGAAAAUAUCCACUACUUCUGAAACUACAACCACAACUAGUGAGACUACAGCACCUACUCCCUCCACGACCCCUUUUACAUCCAGUCCUGAGCCUUCUGAGACAACUUCACCUACCCUGUCUUCAAGCACAAACACACAAACUGAGCAUGUGGAACAGACUACACCACAUGGAACCUCAUCUGAGUACACAGUGAUGUCUAGUUCUUCCUCCACUGAGCAACCAUCCACAAAACAGCUGUCUUCUCAGUCAACAUUGUCUGUCUCCUCCAGUGAGGUGACUUCUGAAAAUACAACCACAACUAGUGAGACUACAACAUCUACUCCCUCCAAGACCCCUUUCACCUCCAGUCCUGAGCCUUCUGAGACAACUGCACCCAGCCUAUCAUCAAGCGCAAACACACCCACUGAGCACAUGACGCAGACUACCUCAGAAGGGACCUCAUCUGAGUACACAGUGAUGUCUAGUUCUUCCUUCACUGAACAACCAUCCACAACAGAGGUGUCUUCUCAGUCCACAUUCACUACCUCCUCCAGGGAGCAUAGUACUGAAACUACAGUUACAACAAGUGAGAUUACAACACCUACUCCCUCCAACACCGCUUCUACACCCAGUCCUGAGCCUACUGAGACAACUGCACCCAGCCUAGCCACAAGAACAAACACACCCGCUGAGCACCUGAAGCCGACUACACCACACGGGACCUCAUCUGAGUACACAGUGAUGUCUAGUUCUUCCUCCACUGAACAGCCAUCCACGAAACAGCUGUCUUCUCAGUCCACAUUCACUAUCGCCUCCAGUGAGCAUAGUACUGAAACUACAGUUACAACUAGUGAGACUACAACACAUACUCCAUCCAUGACCCCUUUUACAUCCAGUCCUGAGCCUUCUGAGACAACUGCACCCUUCCUAUCUUCAAGCAAAAACACACAUACUGAGCACGUGGAGCAGACUACCUCAGAAUGGACCACAUCUGAGUACACAGUGAUGUCUAGUUCUUCUACCACUGAGCAACCAUCCACAAAACAGCUUUCUUCUCAGUCAACAUUGUCAGUUUCCUCCAGUGAGGUGACUUCUGAAAAUACAGUUACAGCUAGUGAGACUACAACACCUAUUCCAUCUAAUACCCCUUCUACAUCCAGUUCUGAGCAUACUGAGACAACUGCACACUUCCUAUCAUCAAGCACAAACACACCCACUGAGCACAUGAGGCAGACUACCUCAGAAGGGACCUCAUCUGAGUACACAGUGAUGUCUAGUUCUUCCACCACUGAGCAACCAUACACAAAACAGCUGUCUUCUCAGUCAACAUUGCCUGUCUCCUCCAGUGAGGUGACAUCUGAAACUACUAACACUACAAGUGAGAGUACAAUGCCUACUCAUUCCAUGACUCCUUUAACUUCUAGUUCUGAGCCUUCUGAGACAACUGCACCUACCCUGUCUUCAAGCACAAACACACCCACUGAGCAUAUGGAGCAGACUACACCCCAAGGAACCUCAUCUGAGUACACAGUGAUGUCUAGUUCUUUCACCUCUGAGCAACCAUCCACAAAACAGCUUUCUUCUCAGUCAACAUUGUCUGUCUCCUCCAGUGAGUUGACCUCUGAAAUUACAAGCACUACAAGUGAGAGUACAAUGCCUACUCAUUCCAUGACUCCUUUAACUUCUCGUUCUGAGGCUUCUGAGACAACUGCACCUACCCUGUCUUCAAACACCCACCCACCCACUGAGCACGUGAAGCAGACUACCUCAGAAGGGACCUCAUCUGAGCACACAGUGAUGACUAGUUCUUCCACCACUGAGCAACCAUCCACAAAACAGCUGUCUUCUCAGUCUACAUUUUCCGUCACCUCCAUUGAGGUGACUUCUGAAACUACAGCCACAACUAGUGAGACCACAACACCUACUUCAUCCAUCACCCCUUUUACUUCCAGUUCUGAGCCUUCUGAGACAACUACAGCCAUCCUAUCUGCUAGCACCAACACCACCCGUACACCAGAACAGAGCUCACCACUGCUUACAACUUCCACAGCCUAUCAUGGAUCUGCUAGCACAGAAAUUGCCACUAGUGGAACAUCUCAUUCAUCGACAUCCCUUGAAACAAGUGGAGAGACUUUCACCACUAUUGUAGCUCAAAGCACUUACAACACAACAUUAUCAUCUGCAUCCAUCGCUGAGUCCGUAACCACACACUCUACUACUAGCAUAUCAGAAAUGACCCCAACACUGUUGCCCACUACAUUAACGCCUUUUGCUUAUACUACUAUGAAAAUAUCCACCGCUGAGGCAUCUUCACCUUCCACCACUACUCAUGGACGCACAUCGACUAAUUCACAGCUUACAACUUCAUCUGGUAGGUAUCUGUGUAAUCAUAUGGAAAUGAUGUUUAUCUCACAGUACAGUAUUCCAGUGUUUAACAGUUUACAUAUGCUGCUGUCACGGGAAUUGGGGUUGCUUGUGUUUAAACCUCUAGCUGUUCCAAACUGCUUAGGGGCGGUUGUGUCUUUCCCUGACUGAGCAGCCUUGCCGCUGCUGCUCAGUCGCUAGCAGAAUCCGUGAGUGGGCGUCUCCUAAAUUUCUUCCAGCAUAAUAAUUCCUUAACGGACAACCUUCGCCUCGCCUCUCUGCGCGGAAGCCUUCUGCGCAGAGUGGGCGUGCCUAGUGGUGGUCCCCCAUCCUCCUCACUGACUUCACUGGAAGAGUCUCGGAGCCUCACCUCCGAGAUGCUCUCUGCCUCUCCUUUCUUCCUGGUGUCACCUGGACUUCCUUCCCCAGAUGACGUUCUCUCUCUACCCUUACUCGUUCCCUCUCCUGCAGAAUCCGGAAGCCUCGCCUCCCCCCUCUGCUCUGAUGUCAGUUCCCUGACAGCUGCCCAUACUGGGCCAACUACAAAGUUAUUGUAUUAAUUUCCAAGGCCUUUAACAACUUGAGUCUCAGAUAUCUUCAAUACUGUUUGAUGCGUUAUAUCCCUGUUAGAUCACUCCCAUUGUUGUGGGAGUGGCUCUUAGUGGUCCCUCAUGGCUCAGGCACAAAGCUCACCCCCCCCAUGAGCUGUGUGUUCAGAAUUGUGGCCCAAUUCUGUGGAACUUCAGGCACCCAUAGAGGCUUUGUUGUUUUCAGCAAGCAGUUUAGGCAACACUUUUUGGUUUUCUGAUGAAAUCUAAUUGAUUCUAUCAUUUGUAUUUCUCUUGAACCCUCACUGGACACUUCUUAGAAAUCAUCACUUUACAGCAUAUAUAUUGUUGGAUCCUGAUAUGAGGGCUCUUUUAUCGGCUUGUUCUUAAAUAUCGUUAAUGUUCUGUUCUGUUCUCUUCCUCAGCUUCUUCCACCACAGUUGUCCCUCUCGGGUGCCUUAAUGGUGGAGUGCUUGUUGAGGGUUUUUGUCACUGCCCAUCUCCCUA